AUGGCAACAUCAGCUCGAAACAAAAUGCUUUCUCUACUGAUAUUAACCCUUGUGAUGUUAGGGAUGAAGAAUGUGGAAGCAACUUGGUGUGUGGCGAGGAGUGACGCUAGCUACUCAGCACUAAGUGCAGGGUUGAAUUAUGCGUGCUCACAUGGAGCUAAUUGCAGGCCUAUUCAGCCCGGUGGCUCAUGCUUUAACCCAAACACCAUACAAAAUCAUGCUUCUUAUGCUUUUGACAGCUACUAUCAACGCAUGCGUAAAGCCCCUGGCUCGUGUAAUUUUGGUGGUGCUGCCACCAUUGCCGUAACCGAUCCAAGUUUUGGAAGUUGUGUGUACCCACCUUAUUCAUAG